CGAUGCCACGCGUAAACCACGACGAGCCGUGGUGAGCCUAUAGGUCGCGGCGCAGCAUCGCGUCCGCUCACUCUUCGCGCGUUCCUCGUGGACGGUGUCUUUUUUCCCGUCUUCCGGUCUUCUUCUUCGUCGUCGUCGUCGUCGUCGCCGUCGCCGUCGCCGUCUACAGCGAGGCGUGUACCGUAACUCGAGGAGAAGCAAGAGGACGAAAGAGCGCGCGAGCCCCGAGAGACAGUAGAAGAGGAGAGAGAGAGAGAGAGAGAGAGAGGGGGAGAGAGAGAGAGAGAGAGAGAGAGACAUCGUCAUGGGAUUCAUCGGUGGAUUCGGUUUGGCGGCACUAUGCCUCGUCGCGGUGAGCCUCGCCAAAGUGGAGAUCGACGAGGGCAUCCUGGUGAUCAACAAGGACAACUUCGACAGCGUCAUCAAGGAUAACGAUUACGUGCUGAUCGAGUUCUAUGCUCCAUGGUGUGGACACUGCAAAGCAUUAGCACCUGAAUAUGUUAAAGCAGCGAAGAAACUGGAAGAGGCUAAUUCGUCGAUUAAGUUAGCCAAAGUAGACGCAACAGUUGAAACUCAACUGGCUGAGAAACACGGGGUCAGAGGAUAUCCCACUCUGAAAUUUUUCCGUAAAGGAACACCAAUUGAUUACACCGGUGGCCGUCAAGCAGACGACAUUGUAAAUUGGCUGAACAAGAAGACUGGCCCACCUGCUGAAAGUUUACCAACUGUCGACCAAGCGAAAACAUUCAUUGAGGCACACAAUGUUGCCAUUGUCGGAUUCUUCAAGGAUGUUGAGAGCGACGCGGCCAAGGUAUUCUUGGAUGUUGGUAACGCUGUGGACGAUCAUGUCUUUGGUAUUACGAGCUCUGAUGAAGUAUUUAAUGAAUACGGCGUUGAGGAUGGAAAGAUUGUGUUGUUCAAGAAGUUCGACGAAGGCAAAGCUGUCUACGAUGGAGAGUUCACCAUCAAGGGUGUACAAAAUUUCAUUUCUGUGCACUCGUUGCCCUUAAUUGUUGAAUUCAAUCAGGACACGGCGCAGAAGAUCUUCAGUGGAGACAUCAAGAGCCACCUGUUGAUUUUCCUCAGCAAAGAAGAGGGUCACUUUGAAAAGUAUGUCGACGGAGUUAAGGAGCCUGCGAAGAAAUAUCGUGGCGAGGUUCUGUUCGUGACGAUCGAUUGCGACGAGACUGACCACGAGCGUAUCUUGGAGUUCUUCGGCUUGAAGAAAGAGGACGUGCCCGCUAUGCGACUUAUCAAGCUCGAACAGGACAUGGCUAAGUAUAAGCCGGAGAAGCCGGAAUUGACUGCCGAGAAUGUCCUCGAGUUCGUCACAGCCUUCGUAGAGGGCAAACUCAAGCGACAUUUGCUCACGCAAGACUUGCCCGAGGACUGGGACAAGAACCCGGUCAAGGUUCUCGUUGGCACGAACUUCCACGAGAUCGUGUACAACAAGGAGAAGGACGUACUGGUAGAAUUCUACGCGCCUUGGUGCGGUCAUUGUCAACAACUCGCGCCGAUCUACGACCAACUCGGCGAGAAAUACAAAGACAACGACAAACUGGUUAUCGCCAAAAUGGAUGCCACUGCUAACGAAUUGGAGGAUGUGAAGAUUACCAGUUUCCCUACGCUCACACUCUAUAAGAAAGAGACGAAUGAGGCUGUGGAAUACAACGGUGAGAGGACACUCGAGGAACUCUCGAAAUUCGUCGAGUCCGGCGGAGAAUACGAUCAAGCUCCAACAGACGAGGCUCAGGAAGAGGACGAAGACGACGAUGUGCCAAGGAAGGACGAAUUGUAAACGCACAUAAUCAUUAAGAAGUAAAAUCAACUGAUUCGUAUCUUGUAUUUCUUGCAUCCAGUCUACAAGCUCCGUAAUUUUUCCGCUUUACAGAGAUAUAUUCAUUUGUAUUGAAAUUAACUCGGUGAUGCAUCCUCUUCAAUUUCAUUUAUUAAUUUAGGCAUUAAGUUGGCGAGUCGAUCGGUCGCAGUGUGUACAAUGUGUAAAAAUUAAGAGCGCACCUUUGCAGUUUUGCAUAGGGUUACCGUCACGGUCGUGAUCAGCUCAAAUGGCGUACUUAUGUGAUACGUAGUCGUCUCGUCUCGUCUCGUCUCUUCGAUAACUGUGUACAAACUGCGAUAUCAUGAGCGAUGUCUAUACGAUGCAUCGAAAUAGUUUAACGCGCACGAUAGUGUCACACGGAUGUACGUUCUUCUUUUUCACAAAUAUGCCAUUUGUGUUGCGUGUCGUCCUCGGCGACGUGACUUUCUGCCCUCUGGAAACUGUGUCAUCCACAUAGUUUUGCGCCUUUUUCAUCUUCUCUCGUCAAGAAAUGGGAGCAUAAUACGCGGAAGAGAGAUCAUGUUAUUCGAAGAUAUUCAAAUCACGAAACACUUUUUAUUUUUAUAUAAAAAGGUUUAUUUUUAUCUAUACACCAUAUCUCCGAGGCCCGCAGUCCGUUUAUGAACGCGUGCCGGAGUCUCCAAGCACUCUGCGAGGGCUAGUGUGGGGUUUACAAAUACAUUUCCAAUCGCAGCAUUUAAAACGAUUGUGUGAAUUGAUCGUUUUAGAUAUAUCUAGGAUAGGCAGCCGUUUUCAAUGUUCUCCUAGUUUUAAUCGACUGAAACCUUAGGAAACUAGUGAUGAGGCAUAACACUUGUGAGAAAAAAAGAAA